AGCAAACAUGUUGGCCGUCUCCUCCCACUGCGUGCGCCUGCAGCGCGUCGCAGCGCGCCCACGAAAGCUCCAGCGAGCCAUCCAUGAUCUGGUAGCCCUACCCGGCAACAAGCCCGUCAUCGCCUACGGCCCGCCUGGGCGCAGCGCCAACACGGGGCACGUUGCGACCGUCUUUGGCUGCACCGGCUUCCUGGGCAGAUAUCUCGUUGCAAAACUGGCCAAGGCGGGCACACAGGUCAUCAUCCCGUAUAGAGAAGAGGACGAGAAGCGGCACCUGCGGGUGACGGGCGACCUCGGCCAGAUCGUCUCGAUGGAAUGGGAUCUCCGGCGGGACGACCAAAUCGAGGAGUGUCUGCGGCACUCGGACAUCGUGUACAACCUCGUCGGGCGAGACUACGAGACAAAGAACUUCGACUACGACGCGGUGCACGCGGAGGGCGCACAGCGCAUCGCGCAGAUCGCCGCCGCCGCGGGCGUCCCGCGCCUCGUGCACGUCUCGCACCUGAACGCGGCGCCCGACUCGCCGUCGGCGUUCUACCGCUCCAAGGCGCGCGGCGAGGCCCUCGUCGCCGCCGCGUUCCCCGCCGCGACGAUCGUGCGCCCGGGCACCAUGUUCGGCUACGAGGACAAGCUCCUCAACAAUAUCGCCCUCUGGCCCAUCUGGUGGAAGCUGAACGAUAUGCAGACGAAGAUCCGCCCCGUGCACGUGAUGGACGUCGCGCAGGCCCUCAGCAACCUCAUCGGCGUCCCGUCGAUGCCCGGGCCGCUCACCCUCCCGGGCCCGUCAACGCUGACGUUCGAGUACCUGCUCUCGCUCGUGGCAAGCGUGACGUACAACCCGCCCUCGCGCGCGCCCGUCGUCCCGAAGGCGGUCGCGCUCGCGCUCGCGAAGGCCGCGCAGGCCGUGUGGUGGCCCGCGCUGAGCCCGGACGAGGUCGAGCGGCGAUACCUCGAUGAUGUCGACGUCCCGGGCGACUGGGACAAGAUCGGGGUGGUGCCGGACGAGAUCGAGCAGCACGCCAUCUCGUACCUCAGGCGGUACCGCACGGCGGAUAACUACACCCGCCCGGUGGUGCUCCCGGCGUCUCGCGAGUCGUUGUACGAGCUACCAUAGUGUUACUGCUCUGAUGUAUUGUUCGGCCCGUCAUUAACUACAUUGUUGUGAAAGG